GGAUUGAAAUAUACAGAAUUCUUCAUGGAUAUAGUUGACACAUUCAACCAUUUAAUCCCAUCUGAGCACUUGGAUGAUGCCCUGUUUCUAGGCUCUAACCUAGAAAGUGAAGGCUGUGACGAAUUUGCCACCGGCCAACAUGUCAUAGAAGAUUCCUUAAAGAACAUGCUCAGUGAUAAAGAUCCUAUGCUUGGAUCUGCAAGCACCCAAUUCUGUUUACCAGUUUUGGAUAACGUAGAGCAUAACUUUCAGAUACCACCAUCAACAGGUGUUGGUCUUGAGGAUAUAAUGGAUGUUGGGGUAGAUAAGGUAACUGCUGUUGAUAUCAAUGAUGAAGAUGAUCUAAUUCUACCAGACAAGAAUCUUAACAGAUUAAAUGAGCCUACCAUAAAAUCACCAAGGAAAUCGCCGCGUUUAAAAGCACAAGAAUCCACAAGAACACUGAGAUCUAGUACAAUUGAGAAGACAUUGAAUGCUGCUGUGAAGGUUGCAAGUCCCAAAAAAUCUAAAUCUUCCCGAAAAGACACAGCAGUUGAUGAUAAAGCAAAAGAUGAGGAACAUAUUUUGCACAUCAGUGAUGAUAAAAGAAGCAAUAGCACACAGAAUUCAAGAAGAUCAACAAGAAUAGCAAAUAAGGACUAUAAAGAUAAAGUAACUACAGAUCAAAAUAACUCAAAUAAGGAGACGUUAGAUGAAGAAUCUGGUACCAUAAAUGAUAUUUUGUCAAACACACAAAGCAUACUGGAAAAAGAAGAUGGUAACUCGGAAACGUUGCAUAACGAUUCUCUUAUUUUGAGUACAAAUUCUGAAAAAGGUUUGGAAGAAGUGACAGAACAUGAUUUGAAUAAUUCUCAAGGAGACCAUUUGACAGAUGAUGUCUUAGAGACACCUGCAGAUGAAAAAGUGUAUAAUAACAACUGUCAGACUGAUGAUAAAAAAACAGAUGUAAUUUAUGAUAAAGUUCAUCAAGAGCUUGCGCUUUUAUCUGGAGUUGAAUGUGACAUGGGAGUUAAGACGGUGUUGCACCCAGAAAUUAAUGUUGAAUGUAUGUUGCAAAAUACUGUUAACAGCUCUGUCCAACAGUGUGAACCAGACAAAAAUUCUAUUGCUUCUGAAGUUAUGAAUACUAGUAACAAAUGUAAUUCUUUAGAAGAUAUAUCCGUUGUUGAAAGUUUAGUACAGAAUUGCACAGAAGAUGAAGAAAGCAGUGACAAGUUACAGACUAUGGAAAAGAAAAUGUCAGCUGGAAAUGGUUUUGGAAACCCAAAUCAUAACCGAAAAGGUGCAAAAAAGCUAAAACCCGGUUCUGCUAAUGUACCUACACUGACAGAAAAUUCAGCAAAAAAUAUUGCUUCCCCAAAAGAGGGCUUGCAUUCGCAACAUCAAAAGGGUAGGUUUAAAAAAACUAAUAUAACCCCCUCUGAAUCUCCAGCUCUGUCUGACAAGUCGAAAAUCAUUAAAGUAACGAAAAAAGGGGCUGUAGCUACGAAAAUCCAUAACAUUCCAAUAAAGACUACAAUUAAAAAGAAGCCACGUUCAUUUGAAAAAAAGGGUAAUCCCUCAACAUUAUUAAAACAGCUAGAUGAUGCAUUACGGGACAGUCAGGGAAGUUCGAAAGAAAUGUCACAAGUUGUGUCAUCUCAUGUACGUUCUAGGAGUUUAUCCCAUUCUAGUGAUAAAUCCGUAACUAAACAGUCAUUAUCAAAAAUCACUCCACCCUCAAAGGACAUGGGGGAACCGAAAGAAGCAGCUGAGCAAUCGGAAGAGAAGACAAAGCUUAAAAAGUCACUUCCACCCCGACAAAGAAGAAGUAGUAAAAGUGUUUCUGUUGAUGAGCCACCUUUGUUUAUUCCUGACAACAUUCCUACUGUAAAAAAAGAAGGUGCAGAAGUAACAUCACCAGUUGAUAAGUAUGUUUGGAAUCCAACAAGACAUUGCAGUUCAUGCAGAAAACUUCACGGAAAUAGAUUUAUGGUGGGAUGUGGACGAUGCGAUGAUUGGUUUCAUGGAGAAUGUGUUGGCCUCAGCCUUGGUCAAGCACAACAGAUGGAAGUGGAUGAUAAAGAAUAUAUAUGUGCUAAGUGCUGUGUGGAAGAGGAAAAGAUGGACACAUCACAGAUUAUUACUUCCAGCGAUAGUCAGAAACCGGAUCAACUCCAAGAGCAUAAAACUAUGGAAAUGAAUAAACCAGCGACAGCAGGAUACCCAGGUUUUACCCUAUGAAAAAUCUAAGCAGGCAGAUGAUACCAUAAAACAUAAAGUUAAAAUUUCCAAAAAGUCACAUGAUCUCCCGUCAGUCAGCGCUGGUUACAGGGGAGAGUCGAGAGCACUCUUAACAACUGCUGUCCCUUACGCUGCUGCUAGUGGACAGAAGAGAGCUGAUCAUCUGACUGGACAAGAGCAUCCUGAGCGAGGACAAAGCCAUUCAGUGCCAAGGGCAAAGAGGCCAAACUGCGCUACCCUUCCAUCACAAUGUAGCUCUGGAGAUAGUAAACAAGUCUUGGAAAAGAAGGAUUUGGAAAUGAAAAAAAAACACGCAUCUGACAAAAAGACCUUGCAGUCUGCCACAACAUCUCACAGAGUCUCUGAAGAAAAACGAGAAAGAUUUUCAAAAGAUUCUACAGCUGCUCCAUCCAAUGAUGAAAAAACACCAAAAUCAGGUGGUAUUGAGAAGCAAGACAUUAAAAGAAAGAAACCAGAAAAGAGAGGAUCUUCAUCAGGUUUUUCUAAUCCCUCUCCAUCUACACCAAAGCCAUCUGUUGACCAAAUAAGACAAAGUGUCCGGCAAUCUUUAAAAGACAUUCUAUUGAAAAGACUUUCAGAAUCGUCUUCAAAGAUUCCUGAAGAAAGAGCUACCAAAGUAUCAGCCAAGAUCGAAAAGGAGUUAUUUUCAUUUUAUCGAGAUACAGAUUCUAAGUAUAAGAAUAAGUAUAGAAGUUUAAUGUUUAACUUGAAAGAUCCUAAAAACAAUGUGUUGUACAAGCGAGUUCUCAGAGGAGACAUUACCCCGGAACAUCUCAUCAAGAUGACACCAGAGGAGUUGGCUUCUAAAGAACUGGCAGCUUGGAGGCAAAGGGAAAACAGACAUACCAUUGAGAUGAUUGAAAAAGAGCAACGUGAAGUUGAACGGCGACCAAUAACUAAAAUUACACAUAAGGGUGAAAUUGAAAUAGAAAGCGAUGCCCCUAUUAAGGAGCCUGAAACCAUGGACAUAGAGGUAAAAUCUUAUUUGUG